CAGACGCUACAAACGCUCCAGCAAUGGCUAGUACAGCAAAUUUUUCAUGGGAGGCUGGUCACAUUAUCAUUAUCAUCAUCAACAGCAUCAGUGUUCCCUUCACAGUUCUGCUUAACGUCCUCGUAAUAAAGGCCGUGAAAACAAGACCUCGACUCCAAACCAACAGCAACAUCUUGCUGGCCUGUUUAGCGGUGACUGACGCAUUGACUGGUCUCUUUGGCCAAUCUUUGUAUAUCCUGUGGAGGUUAUUUGAGUUAUUUAAUCUCAAAAGCAGCGAAACAGUGGAAGGUUUCCAUAUCGAUGUCAUGUCUGUGUUAUUGAUUGUCUCAUGCCUUCAUCUGAUAUUGGUUACUUUCGAGAGGCUCAUAGCGAUCAAGUUUGCGAUGCAAUACUCAAACGUAAUAACUCACAAUAAUAUAAAGAUAGCCGUGACAGUAUGUUGGUUAGCUGCUAUUGCAAUUGCAAUUUUAAGAACAGUAAAACUUCGUGUAGUUUUCAUUUCUAUGUUAGUCCUUGUCAUUUUUUCAUGUAUCGUUUUCGUCGCCUUCACCUAUAUGAUUCUGUAUCAUGAAACCCGUCGCCACCAAAGGAAGAUAAAAGCACAGCAGUUGCCCCAAGAAGAAGUAGAAAGAUUUACCAAAGAGAACAAGGCGCUAAAGACAACUGUGCUAGUGGCAAAGAGAAAUGAGGACGUUUGUAUUUGGAAUAAGAACCCAGCUUGUGCAUCCAGCUUCUGAGUAAAAGGGGGUAAUUUGGCAGAGAAAAUCAAUCCUAAUAAAUAUUGUAAACUGAUUUGAUAGGACAAUAAGUCAUACGAUGAAAAAAAUCACAAUAACUAUGCGCUUUUUUCAUCGUUUCAUGUAAAUAUUCCUCUUAUCGUGUAUUGAGAGACUUGAACAUUUCCAUUUCACAUGCACUUGUAUCUAUAAUUGCUGCAUCGCUUUAGUAGAUGUUGGUUACUUUCUAGAGGCUCAUGGCGAUCACAUUUAUGAUGCAGAACUUAAGAAUUAAAACAAAUGUUAUCAUAAAGAAAUGAAGGAAAGUAAUUUAGAUGAUAGCUCUAAUUUGUGAGAUUUUUAGAGUGACAGAGAAGCAAUCGUCAAUGUUUCGCACAACAAAAGGCCUGAUUAUUAUUCCAUGUAUCAGACUGCAAAUGACUAAUUUGAAACAUGCGCUUUCCGACUUCUUGCUUCUUUAAUUUUCGUUUGUUUACAUCACCUUGUAUUCUCAAUUUUUGUAAGUGUAAUUUGAUGAUUGAUGUUGCAUUGUUUAAAGUCAUAUGCACGUUAAACUAGAAAGCUGUAAUGUUGGAAAAGAUCAAAGCAUCAGAUACAGGCACAUGCCCUUUGUUAGCCAAAUCAUUAUCAAAUAAUUAUAUUUAUUAAUUUACAAAACGAAGAUAUCAUUUUACCAUUUUCAGCUGUGCACCAUAAUGUUAAAAAUAAAGCUAAGCCAGUUAAAAUUAUCCAUUUUAGUAAUAGUACAAGUGAUGAUAUUUAGAAGUAUUAAUACUGAUAAUUAAUGAGCAACUCGGUAUACUAUGUCCAAAGUCUUGUGUGUCAGAGCAAAGCCGUGAGUGGCCUUAAACGAGAGCAAUAAAACCUUGAGAUCUAUUACCAUCUUAA